AUGUUAAUCGGGAGAUCCCGAAGCUUGAGACCCGUAAUGGAAGGUCCCCAUCUAGACGAAGAAGGAGUAGGAGGGAAUAUGGGAGAAUGUAAGCGACUCGGGUCGGGUCUAGGUCACUGGGUCAAGGGACAGCUCUCUCGUGCUCCGUCGGUCGCUGCGAUAGCUGCUUACCGGAGGAAUGAUCUGAGAGUUCUCCUCGGAUUUGUUCUUCAAGAAGACUUCAAGGCAACUGAGAUUGAGGUGGGAGUUGUGAGAGCUGAUAACCCUAUCUUCCGUUCCCUGAAUACUGAGGAGAUCAAGGAGUAUUUGACGGCCAUUAGUGAACGCUACUGA